AUGACCUUCGAUAAACAAAACAAUGGCAGCAUCGCCAAACCUUUUACUCCUACCCUCAGUGCGGCGUUUAAUCGAGCGAACAAAUCUCCCUUGACACCUAAACUAGCCACUCCAUCGACCGUCCGAGCCCCGAAACGUCUUGCGCCCUCAGACCAUCCCGCUUCCACUCCGUCGAGACAAACCCCAGAGCCCUCCUACCUCAGUGCGAACAUUACCCCUCGAUCCGGACCUCGAACUAGUAGACGUGAUGGACCUAUACUAUCUCCGGGCAGUACGCCCUUGCACUCGCCGCAGUCAUCCUUCAGUCAACCAGCCCAGACUCCUGGGCCGAAUCCAAGGCUAUACCGGAGCGAUCGCAGCCCCGUCCGUAUGGCAGGAAAUCUCGAGCCCGCGAGGACUGCAAGAGCUAAGACGUUGACCGCCGAUUUGAACACUGUCUCCCGCCCCCAUUCAUCCACCGAUGCCCCCGCCGCGUCACCGAUGUUUUUUCAUGCGAGCGAUGCACGUUCAGUAUCGAGCUCCUCCGAUGCAGAUGUCCGGUCAAGGGUAUCGGUCAAGUCAGCAUCGCCCGCAACGUUUAUAUAUGCAAACGGUCAAGAGGAGAAUCAGGCUCCGACCGAUGAAAAUGCCAAGCGGCGGUCGUCCGGACUGUCUCGCCCUGUUGCAACAAGGCCACCUACGUCUUCACCGCAGCUGAAAUCCCCGCAGCUUGCCAGCACAUCCCCUCGGCUUACAGAAAGUGUUUCAUUCCAUACCGUUCCACCGCUUGAUUCGCCCGAGAUACAUUCGCCGAUCAAUAGUCCACCAUUACGAACUGGACUCCCGAGACCAAUUCCGGUGAUAAGCCACACGAAGUCUUCCAGUCUGGACACUGGGCGUGGCACACCUCUCCGAGAAACGGUGACGGAGGGACUACGGCCGAGCCCAAUACUCGUAUCAACUCUAGAUUCACAAGUGGAAGACAACCCAGUCACCGACCCUAUUCCUGCCUUCAGACCUCGCAUCUUUAGCAAUGGCUCUACAACGUCGGUUGACAGUAUAGGCUCUGGCUUACAGAGCCCGGUGAAGUCGGACCACGCAGGAAACAGUGGGCCGGUCCUCAGUGCUCGCGUGGAACGCAAGAUCUUAGACCUUGAAAUCAGCAACUCCUCACUUCUGGCAAUCAACAAAACACUGGAGCGUGAAAUGCGGAAGCAGAACGCAGAGCUGCGCCGGUUUCGGCGGCUCAGCCGCUCGGGCCGCCUAUCUAUGGCUCCUUCACGGUCGGUGUCAGGAACCUUGUCGAUUCCGAGCGAAAUUGACGAAGGCGAGAGCGAAUUCUCGUCAAUUCACUCGCAUGACGACAUGUCCGACCUGAGUGACGGAGAGUCGAUGCUGGAUGAAAGCUCCCUUGGUCCGGACUCGGUAGCUGAGGAUGAUGUGCAGCAAAAGGUUCGGGACGAGAAACGUUUCUUGAUCGACCUGGCGAAGCAUCAGGAGCUGCUCGCAGACAGCCAGAAGAUGAAUCAGAGCUUGAAACGAUGUUUAGGCUGGACAGAAGAGCUCAUCAAAGAAGCCAAAAAAGCACUGGAGUAUAACGUGCAUGUCAGUGACAUUCAACUUGGUGGACGAGUCUUGAGCCCCGAUGAACUAAUCGAUGACGGAGAAGCCGGUCGAGGACUCCUCGCGACGAGCGUCCUUGCUUCACCACAAUCCGAAUUCCCUGAUAUACAACCUUUGGAUGACGAGGAAACAUCGACUUUGUGA